AUGGAGGCGGCUCUCCAAAUCGGCGUGCAGAUCCUGGAGGCGGGCGGCAGCGCGCUGGACGCAGCAGUGGCGUGCGUCGUGGCUCUGGAGGAAAACCCCCGCUUCAAUGCAGGCCGCGGCAGCGUGCUGACGGCGAGCGGCCGCCACGAGCUUGAAGCAUCAGUGAUGACUCAGGACAAGCGCUGCGGCGCGGCGGCGCUGCUUACGCGAGUGCGCAACCCCAUCCUGCUGGCGCGGCGCGUGAUGGAGCGCACGCCCCACAUUUUCCUGGCCGGCCCCCCCGCCGAGGAGUUUGCUGCGGCCCAGGGCCUUGAGGUGGUGCCGAGCAACGAGUGGUUCACCACUGAACAGCGGCGGCAGCAGUGGGAGGCGCACAAGGCCAGCGGCGCCGUGGCAAAGUGA